AUGACGAUUCGAAGAGUGAAGAAACGGGCAGGAGUAGGUCGCAUCCAAAAGAAAUCGUACUACCUACCAAAGAAACUGAUAUUUGGCCUCUUGGUGCUGCUUGUAAUGAUUUCUCAGCAGCAAUACUAUAAUUCACAACUUGGAAGUUCUCCGGAUUCAACAGAGAACAAGAACUAUUUGCUGCAGAAAGAAGCUGUCCAUCGUUUGUUGGAGCAAAUGUCAUCAGGAGGUGCUGCUGCGAAACACCACAAGACGAUUCGAAUCUGGGGCUGCAAUCUCACGGAAAGUCCUCUGGUGUUUGUUCACAUUGGCAAGUCGGGUGGUGGAACGAUACGUGCCAGAUUUGCAGCCGCAGCGUGGAAUUUUACCCGCGAGAAAUGGUGGAAUUUCAAUGGCGACCAUCACUAUUAUCCAAUGCCAACCAAACGGCGACGUUAUAAUUAUUGGAACGACGACGAUGACGCGGUGAGUCGAGAUGAUGACUCCAAGGUUUCAAGAGGCACAUUUUGCAGCAGCAACAACAACAACCGCCGACGGAUUUUUAGCGAGGACGGCCGUCAGCAGCUCCAGAGAUAUGCACGAGAGGCUUUUGAGAAAGUUUUAGAAUGCAAUGCCCGGACACCAUUGGGGAAAUUUGUUGGCUGUCCUGCUGUCUUUAGAACGAAUCAAGCGUGCAAAGGCUGCUCCAAUCUAUCGGAUGCCGGGUGCUAUGCCGUCUACGCUGGUCACAAUCCAAUCGGCAACGAACUGCAUUGGCUGUCGGCUCCUUUCCUCCAGGACUGGUGGAAUGAGAAGUGGGCGUUACUCUUCCCCCCCAAGACUGUCACAUCUGUGCAGUCCAUUAUGCCUGGGACAACAAACCCGUACUGGUGCCCACAGGUCAACAGAACAAGGAGCGACAAAACCACAAUUCCAAUGGCAAGACGACCCGUGCACGAGCAGUACUAUGCUUGUUCCAAAAAGGUUUCACAUGAAAUGGAUCAAGCAUUUAUUCCUGCUUGGCACGAAAUCGCAACCAAGUUUGGAAUGGAAAAGAACUAUGCUCCAUUCUAUGCAUCCUUGCCAAUGCAUCGCACUGUAUUGCUGAGAGAACCAUUCUCUUGGCUAUUGUCGCGAUUCUUUUGGGCAUUGGAAUACCGAUCGAAUUUCAAAUGCGAUGACAUUGAAACUGCCACCAAGCAUCACACAAACUUGACUUUUGCUCAAUCAGGCUGGGCCUACCAGGUCGUCCUCGAGGCCUUGUUUGCCUUGUGUGGCGAAGAUUGCAUCAAUCGAUACGAAAUAAAUAACAUUGAUCUAAUGGAAAUUGAGCAGCAGGCAGAAUCGAACCUAAGGCAUUCUUUCUCCGUGGUUGGGUUAUUGAAUGAAACAAAUUCCUUUUAUGACAUGGUGUCUGCUCGAAUCCAAUACAGCAACAUGUCGAACAAUCCACAUGUCAUUGGACCCACACAUGCAACGAUGAAAACUGCCGAACAGCGUCGAUGCACCCAUAAGUUCCUUACCAACGAGACGAUACGCACCUCCCUUCGGGCGGCUCUACCGCAUUUUGAAGCAUUGGAACGGCUUUACCAAGUUGGCGUGGAGGUGAAUCGGUUUCAGACUAGGGAAUUGAACCAAUGCACGAAUGCUCCAAUGCAUGGGUGA